AUGAAGGAAACAAACCAGCAUCCCAAACCUCUCCUCCUGCUAAUUUUACUGCCUGCAAUCCUAUCUCUCCAAUCAGCUUUGGCUGUGGACUUUGUGUUCAAUGGCUUCAACUCCUCAGACAUGCUGCUUCUCUACGGCAACGCCACCGUCGAAUCUCGAAUUCUAACACUCACAAACAGCACAAAUUUCUCCAUCGGCCGAGCACUUUACAAGUCCAAGAUCCCCGCCAAGGCACCAAACUCUUCGUAUGUGCUUCCUUUCUCAACUUCUUUCAUUUUCUCCAUUGCUCCUUACAAGAACACUCUCCCUGGCCAUGGCAUGGUUUUCAUUUUCACCCCGGUUACCGGCAUCAAAGGCACGAGCCCAAGCCAGCAUCUUGGGCUCUUCAAUUUCACCAACGAGGGCAGCCCCAGCAACCAUGUGUUUGGUGUGGAAUUUGAUGUGUUCGAGAAUGAAGAGUUCCAGGACAUUAACGACAACCAUGUUGGUAUUGAUGUGAAUUCCCUUAAGUCUGUAGAAGCACAUGAGGCAGGGUAUUGGCCUGAAAAUAGCGAUGGCAGUGACGACAAGGAUUUCAAGAAAUUGAAGCUGAACAGUGGAGAAAAUUACCAAGUUUGGAUUGAUUAUAAGGAUUUCUUUAUUAAUGUUACUAUGGUAAGAGCGGGCAUGCAAAGGCCUCGAACCCCAAUUUUGAGUGCUUUUUAUAAUUUAUCUGAUGUUUUUGAGGAUGAAAUGUUUGUUGGGUUCACAAGUUCAACAGGGCAGUUGGUUGAGAGCCAUAAGGUUUUGGCUUGGAGCUUUAGCAAUUCCAACUUUUCGUUGAGUGAGAGCUUGAUCACUUCGGGUUUGCCUUCUUUUGUGCUUCCAAAAAGUCCGAUUUUCAAGUCAAAAGGUUUUAUUGCAGGAAUUGUAGUGGGUGGUUUGUUUGUAAUUGGUGUAUGUGCUCUGUUUUCUCUGUUUUUGAUUAAGAGGCAUAGGAGGCUAGCAAGGGAGAGAGAGGAUAUGGAGGACUGGGAAUUGGAGUUCUGGCCGCAUAGAAUUACUUAUCAGGAAAUCGAAGCGGCUACGAAGAGUUUCGGAGAAGAAAAUGCGAUCGGGGUUGGAGCCAAUGGGAAGGUUUACAAAGGUGUUUUGGCAGGAGGGGCAGAAGUUGCAGUGAAGCGCAUUUCACAUGAAAAUGAUGGAAUGAGAGAGUUCUUGGCUGAAAUUUCAAGCAUCGGGAGAUUGAAGCACAGGAACUUGGUAGGGUUGAGAGGUUGGUGUAAGAGAGAGAAGGGUAGCUUCAUGCUGGUCUAUGAUUAUAUGGAAAAGGGAAGUUUGGACAAGAGGGUGUUUGAUUGUGAUGAGAGUAAGAUGUUGAGCUUUGAAGAUAGAAUUAGGAUUUUGAGAGAUGUGGCUUCAGGGGUUUUAUACUUGCAUGAGGGUUGGGAAUCCAAGGUCCUACAUAGGGACAUUAAGGCAAGCAAUGUGCUACUUGAUAAGGAAAUGAAAGGAAGGCUUGGGGAUUUUGGGUUGGCAAGGAUGCAUGGUCAUGGUGAAGUGCUUGGCACCACUAGGGUGGUUGGAACCAUAGGGUACCUGGCCCCGGAAAUCAUACGGGUCGGGCGAGCAUCGGAUCAAACUGAUGUGUUUGGGUUCGGGAUCUUGAUUUUGGAAGUAAUGUGUGGGAGGAGGCCUAUAGAAGAUGGGAAGCCACCUUUGGUGGAAUGGGUGUGGCAACUUAUGGUACAAGGCAAAUUAAUGGAUGCGUUUGAUGAGAGGCUUAGGGCUAAAGGAGAGUUCAACGAGGAGGAAGUGGAGAGAGUGCUGCAUUUGGGAUUGUUAUGUGCAUAUCCUGAACCAAAUGCUAGACCAUCAAUGAGACAAGUGGUCAAAGUCUUGGAGGGGAAGAAUGAUCAGCCGGAGGAGUCUGAAACUGAGGAUAUGGAUGCAUAUUUGCUCCACAAGUUGCAAUCCAAAGAGAUGUGGUCUGAUUUUUCUCAAACUUUUAGGUAUGGAUCAGCACACCCAACUUUUGAGGAUAUUAAGCAGUCCAUAUCCACUUCAAUGUCUCUGUCUUGGUCCAAUACUAGCAUGGUGGAGGGCAGGUGA